AUGGUCCCUUUCGUUCUGAGCACGCUCGUAAUUAUCGCGGUUGAGCCGACAGUGGAUGCCCUGUAUGAGCGCUUUGCCGGGCUGACUACCCCCUACAGGUGGUUUUGCUGCUGUUGCCACCGAAGGCGCAAGCAGGGCUACAGAGACGAGGAGGCGGACGACGACCCCGACCGGCGCGUGCUAGAACCUCUCAGGGGCGGUGGCGAUGAUGACCCCAUCUGUGAGGGCGCAGCUCGCUGCGCCUCUGUGAGCAUUGCGAUUUGCCUGAUUCUCUUCGUCGUCACGCUCCUUGCCGGCUCGCUCCUCGCCGGGGCGCUGCACCUCCGGGAAAGCUGGCAAAGCUAUUCCUCUGGGGCCACCAAUCUGGUGGAGUGGCUGCAAGCCACUACAAGGAACCUUUCCACCCGGCUGCGCUUGAGCGACGAUGCAGAUGUGCGGCUGAAUGGGUUCUACACAUCUUUGCUGGACAAGGGUCAAGCUCUCGUCUCAAGCGUGGUGGAAGCAAUCAUCGCAGAGGUCUCCUCGUGUGUGGUGAGCUUGAUCAUCAUAUUCUUGUACGUGAUCUUCGGGCUGUUAUAUCCCUUGCCGAUCGGUGGCAAGGUGAGCAAUCUAGUUCGCAGCUAUCUGUGGAAGAAGACGGUUGUCUCCCUCCUUUAUGGCUUCUCUGUGUCCGCGCUCUUUCUGCUCUUGAACAAUGACCUCGCAGUUUUUUUCGGCAUUGUCUCCUUCUUCUUCAACUACGUUCCGGAAGUGGGUACAAUCAUUGCCAUCUUCAUUCCGAUGCCAGUGAUUCUCUUGGAUGGUCGACUCCUUUCCCCAGCGGCCACGCUCGCGAAGGCUACGGUUGGACAGCUGGUUCUCAAAAUUGUCUUUAACAACAUCAUUGAGACGAGCUUGAUUCAGAACGACCAAGAGAUGAGGAUACAUCCUGUCUGGGUCCUCCUGACCAUCAACUACUUCGGCUUCAUUUGGGGGCCGGCAGGAAUGAUGAUUGGGGUGCCCAUCCUCUCGGUCAUGAAAGGAGCCGCGGUCUCUGCAGUAGAGCUUACAGAGUCGAAGGACGACGUCGCCAAGGCAUGGGCAGAGUCCUUCCUGGCCUGCCUGGAGGGACGACCGCAGAAAGCCC